AUCUUCUUCUUUCUCACACAUUCAACACCAUGAGCUGCUGGAGUGGUGAGCACUACCCGCUGAGUUUCGGCUUCGACCAGAUCCUUACUUCGGUCCAUGACUGGUCAUGCCACGAUUACUAUACCGAUACCACGACAAAGAAGGUGUUCAAAGAGGAAAACAAGAAUUCUCGCAUCGAAGUUCUGUUCCAGCCCCACGCCAGCAACCAGAACAUUCUUUUUCAGCAUGUUGACUCGGGAUUUUCUGAGGAUCAGUCCAAUGAGACUUGCGAUUCCGCAACAGAGAGUCCCAGUCCCGAUACAGAAGAGUUCCAGGUUGACUGUGACACCGCGACAAUUAUGUCUUCAGCGAUAGUGCAAGACGAAGACCAGCUGAUGGAAGUUAUGAAAACUAGAACGGAUUUCCGCGUUUACUUCUUGACCCAGAAAAACUCGUUCCGCCAAUUGCGAAUUACAGAGUCCUUGUUCAAACAUCUUGUGGAUGUGAAUCGUAUCUUUCCCAAAUUCCGGGAGGUCUUGAUCGGGUUUGGAGAUAAGCAAACCGAAGAGGAGGUCGGGCCUCCAGCAUUUACCUUCAGACUCUCAAGGCCUUCCACUGGGCAGCCUUGUCCGGGAAUGAAGGAUGAAUAUUUAGACUUGAACACGGGAUUUGAAUGUUCAUACGCCCUACGCUUUGUGGAGCGUCCAAAUCGGCCAGCAGCAGAGCCAUGGUCGUUGCGACAAACAGACUUUUACCACCAAUACAACUGCAAAGGCAUAUCCAAGAGCCGCGGGACAUCGACGUGGAUUCUCAUGGGGUCUUCAGACAUGCCAAAAGUCAUUCUGGAACUUUACUGCCGCAGGACUCAACUCUCAGUCCCCAACUGCAAUCCGCUUGAGCUCCACGUCAUCUUCCUGGACAUGGCCAUCUCCACUUGGAGGCCAUACAUGAUUGACCUCGAGAGACGCGUUUCCACACAGUCAGACAAGGCCUCUGUGGCUGAAACACACGAAGAUUUCCUAUCCCUCAAUGACGAGCAAAAGCUGCACUACCUGGAGCUCCGACUGCUUGAUAUAAUCCUAUGCAUGGAUUCAACAUCACACACAGUUGGGCAAAUGACGGAGAUGUAUAACCAGUACCUCUGGGUAAUCGGGGGUGCUAGCAUAGGAGACGUGGGGUAUGCUGCCCAAACGGACGGGAUCCUUUUAGCAUUGCGGCAGCAAGCAGCAGAGGUUGGGUACAUUCGAAAAAAGGCAGAGGCACUGGUGGCCAAGUGCAAAGAAAGUAGAAACUUGGUAAGAGCAAACUUCCUCUUUCCUGGGGAGGCACGCGUCAAGGGGGAGCAACCCACUGAUGUCAAGACGUCACAGACCUCUCGGUUCUUGGAGCUACAAACCGCGUUAGCGCUCAAGAAAAUCCAGACCGACACUCAGCAAGAAAGCAAGUCCAUGCAUGACUUGACCAAGAAAGGACACAGUGACUCCAAGAGCCUCAAAGUGCUGAGUAUCAUCACGCUGGUGUAUCUGCCGGCAACUAUCAUCAUGAGCUUCUAUUCUACCCAGUUUGUCCAGUACGAUGAUGACGCCGGGAAGCUGCGAUACACCGGAGACUGGUGGCUGUUUCUGGUUGUUUCGGUGCCCAUCACGCUGUUCACCGUCGGAAUCUGGUAUUUCUUUUCGCGAAGGUACUCGAGGAAGUAUCAUGAUGAGAAGCCGUUUGGGGAGGAACAAGGUGGAGGGAAUCAUGAUGUGGAGAGGGGAAAGUGAGAAGUUUGAGGGCCUCAAUGCAGGCAGUGGUACAUUUUUCACAGUCCCGUGAUCUUACACGGGCGACAAGCUCCCAUCGUCACGUCCAACGCAAAGAUGUACGUGUAAACGGAAGGAGCAAAACAGGCGGGGCUGCAUCCGUCAAGGUCCUCUCCGAAAGCGGUCGAAGGAGGGCAGUAGCAAGAAGGAGCAACCCACCUCUUACAUCGGAUGUAAUGUCUCAAAACAAGAAGAGAUGUCACGUUCCGAGCUUGGGAAGGAGCGUCUUCACCGCCGGUGACAAGUGAGGGGUAAAGGAAAGGGAAG